AUGCCAAAUAAUUUUUUGAGGUCAGACACAGUUUUCACAACUGGUGAUGAGGAACUGCAAAAGAAGUGGCCAGAUUUCAAAACGCCAAUAGGCACUAUAGAAGACAAGAAGCAGAGCAAAAGGGAAGUUAGAUAUAACCAUCUUGAACAUGGAAAAUAUAAGUUGAAUUUUGAUGGGGCUGCCAAAGGCAACCCUGGUCAAGCUGGGACGGGGUGUAUAAUAAGAGACCAUAAUGGAGACUGUGUAUGGGCAAUAUCAAGGAAGAUUGGUUCUGAUACUAACAACGAAGUGGAGAUGGAGGCAAUCACGAUGGGUCUACAACUAUGCAGAGCAAAAGGUAUUGGCAACAUUGACAUUGAGGGUGAUUCACAGUUAUGUAUACAAGCAGCAAUAAAAAAGGAAAUUCAUAAUUGGAAUCUCAAAGGCUGGUUACAGAAGAUUGGAGAGCUUUUGAAUGAAUUGAAGGAAUACUCUCUAUCACAUGUAUAUAGGGAAGCAAAUAUAUUUGCUGACCGGCUAGCAAAUCAUGUAGUUUAUCAAGAAUAG